UUCUUUUUAGACUCUUGUCUCAGUUCCAAUUUUGUCUAUAUUAUUUUUAGUUAUUAUGUUGUAUCCCUUAACUUAAUUUUACUGUUACAUCCACAUGUUCAUAUAUCGAUUUAGUCUGUGCGAAUGCGUUUUCUUUUGUUUCAUUGCCAGAUGUCUUGCAUAUUGAAUUCCGCUGUGUCACUUAUCAAUUACGAAUGGUCACUUCUGAACGAGAGUAGGUGCGAAAUGUUGAGCAGAUUUUCCACCGUUAUUCAAAAUGCUGUGGAUGCUCUGGCGCCACCAGUGCCGUUGCUGGAUGAUUUCACAUAUCAUUGGAAGAUGGUGAUGAAGUUCUAUGUAAACAAGGAUACAGUUUGCAAAACUAUAAUUGAAAGUACAAAUAUUCCGGCACAUUUGGAUCAGUUAUUGAAGAUUUUACUGGAAGAGGAAGCAGCCAGUCAUGAGAGUGGCACUGCUGGUCCCUGUCUGGAGUAUCUGUUGCAGCACCGUCUGUUGGAUCUGCUGACAACGUUGGCAUGCACUGACUGCCCCCCUGGCAUGCGGCCAUUCACACUUAGCUUCAUUCGGAGGUUAAUAACACAGCUCAAGCAUCCUCUGUUGCCACACAUUAGUGUAUAUGGCCCCAUUCAGAGGUUGAUUAGCUUGUGUAAUGGAAGGCUGGCCUCGCCUACAGAAUCUGUUGAGAUCCAGUUUUUGUGUGCAUUGUGUGGUCUCAUGUGCACAAAUCCCCAUCUCACUAACAUAUUCAGUAACCAGCAGACAACAGAAGGAAGGAGACUGAGCACAAGUAGUAGCUUGAGUUCUGCAAGUCUUGAUGGAGCUAGACCUACGUCAGGUGCAGGAGCACCACAGAACAUAAACAUGUGUGACUGUGAGAUGGGAGGUGACAUAUUGUCAUGCAGCUGUGCUCAAGCACAUGAUUCCGAUACCAAAGCAGACAGUGCAGGAACAGCACAAAUGGGUAGUACAGUGGACUUUUCAACACACAACAGUGGUGAACCACAUGGUGUGGCAGCUUCCCCUGGACCUUCGUCACCGGCACAAAGCAAUAAAAGCUCAGAAUCCAGUGGCAAGGUUCUCUUACUUGAAGCUCUGCUGAGUUUUCUACACAGUGCGGAUAGUAGGGUAGUAGUUAAGGCUUGUGAGGGGGUGAUGGUGAUGGCAUCACUUCCAUCAGAUGUGUUUGCACACUCAGUGGCGUGUCGUUCGGACUUGUGCUCCAUACUGGUCAGCAAGCUGAAUGCCUUGUUUGCAGCUAUCCCACCUGACAUUGAUCCAAAUGAUCUAGAUGAUAUGCAAGUCAAUUGGGGCUUGGACUCACCUGUAUGGACUGAGAGUUCACAGUUCCCAGGUUGCCGUCAGGUGGCAGCAUUUCUCGGUUGGCUUGACUAUUGUGACCAGCUUGUUCGAGAAUCUCAUCCUAUCAUUGGCAAUGCACUGGCUAGCUGUGUGCGAUUGGAGUUCCUCGAUUGUGUCCUGGGCCCAGCCCUUCUGGAACCAGGUGGUGCUGAUGAAGUCCUUAUCACUGCCUUCAUUAGCAAAUGCCUGAAGCAUGUCUCUGCACCUGCCCUGCUCAGUGAAUUCCUGUACUGGUUGGUUGGAGACAGCAGAGAGCCUGAGUUGCCAGGGAUGUCCACUUCUCCCGUAAGACAACAUUUGCUUAACAACUGCUUCCAUGAACGAGAUGAGGUCAGCCUAGAAACCCUGCGACUCUUUGAGGUGCUGCUGGAGAAGCCAAGUGAGCAUGUCCUUUACUGUUUGGUGUUGGUAUACCUGACUGCACGGAAUUACUAUGACGUCUCUGCAUCAGACUCGUUGAUUGGCUCUUGGAGUGAUGAAGAUGAACGUGAACGCCAAAGAGAGAGUCCUUUGCUGGAUUUUUCUCCUGGGUCAUCGCCUGUUAGCAGGACUCUUGCCCCAAGCAGUAUUAACAAAAUUAUAAACAGCUUUAUUUUCCUGCUGCCCCAACACUUGCAUUCUACAACUGAUCCUGAUGAAUCAGGUUAUGAGCAGUAUGUGCAAGAUGCAGACAGACAAUAUCAGUCAUGCAUAGCAAGAUGUGCCUGCUAUGCAUGGCCAACUGAAGCAACCUUUCCUGAGCCAGCCGAGUAUGAUGAUUCACACAGCUCUGAUUCAUGUCCUGAAGCUGACCAUGGCCACCACUUCUAUGAAGGCCCAUUCCUGCGGAUGCUGUUCACCCGCCUUGUGCGUUUACCAUACCAGCCAUACGAAAUCAACCUCCAGCUGACGGGCCUGGUUUCUCACCUUGCAAUGUUGCCUCACCCAUACCUCCAUGAGUACUUGUUGAAUCCCUUACUGCCAGUGCACAGCGAGGCCAACUCAUUGUUUUCCGUUCUUCAGCUGGUAGCAGGCGAGCUUGUGAGCCAGGUCCCUACAAUAAAGAACUACAAACACCUACUGAACAGCACAAGACAGAAAUUGUUGGGUGAUGGAGAUGAUGUGCAGGCUUGAAAAUUGUGAUAAAUUCCCCAUUGCAGGGAGGAAGAAAAUAGUCUUCUUGAAAGUGUGGUGGUACUGGAAGAAUUCUGUAAGGAGGUAGCAGCCAUCACCUUUGUCAAGUUCCAUCAUUCGUCGUGAUGAUGGCAGCACUUCCCCCGACCACUAACAGUAGUUGCAUCCUGGUCCCCAAGGAAAGCACCCUCAGGAUUUCAGUCUUGAGAAAUGAAAGGGAUUCUGGGGAUUGCUUCUUAAUCAUUUCAUGACAGCCAGAAGUCAUCAGUGAUAAGUUAAAUUCUAAAAUAUUAACCACACAAGUACUAUCCAUGAGUUCUUGGUUCAGAUCUUAACUUCUGCAGUGGACAACAACAAAAACAACACAAAAUAGUCUUCAUAUAUUUUAAUUUUAUUUCCCUAAAUUUUAUUCCUUGCACAUAUAACUCAAAUUAUUUGCUUCUUUUGACCAAUCAUUGUCAAAGUGAAACCAUAUUUCUCAGUUUAAGUCUUUCAUGGUGUGGUUAUGGGCAACAUAUAUCCCACCUUGAAACUAUUGUUUUAGAAGAAACAUAUUAAUGACGAUAGGGUUUAGCUAACCAUAUGCUGUGGUUUUGUGAUUAACAUUCUUGAUUUAUAUUAGCGAGUUCCUAGGUUAAUGUCUCAGACUGGUGACCUGCUGUCUUGAAUUCAUUGCUUCUUGUA